AUACCCUGUCAACUUUGUUGGAGAUGUGUAAUUUCGAGUUAACAGAUGUCGUAAACGAUGGUCCAGAACAGAGGCAUAAUGCAGUGCAAGUUCUCCCUGCCUCCGUUAAAAGAAGUCUAAUGUCUAUUCGAGUUAGCGUAAAGUGGAUAUAUUCAAACCUCGAUUAUCUAGCCACAAUGUCCGUGCAAAUCUCAGAUGAUCCCUAUGUUAAAGAUGAAUUUGUUAAUUUCUCGAGAUUUUGGGAUCAAUUUUCUGAAUUUCUUAAUACAAUGGAACGAUUGUUUCCCCAUGAACAAGGAAUCCCUCUAGAUGUUCCGUUAACAGAAGACGUUGAACUGAAUGGAUUUUCGGUUUUGAAGAAUCAAUUUUUUAUCGAAGGUCAGGCAAUAACUAAACAGGGGGAGCCUUUUGAAGAAAUGGACAUGCGUAUAUAUGAUAUAUUCGAAGAUGCUCGCAAAAUUGCUGAAUCCCAGGUUCGUAAAGAAU